AUGGAUAGAACACCAAUGCAUAAUUCAUCACCAAAUAUAGUUCCUCCUAGUACAACAACAACAGCAACACAUCAUGCGAAUCAUGUUUCCAAUAAGAUGGUCUAUGUUUGUGGUGAAUGUCAUAAAGAUAAUGAAUUAAAAUCUACAGAUGUUAUUCGAUGUAAUGAAUGUGGAUAUCGAAUAUUAUAUAAGAAAAGAACAAAACGAUUGAUUGUUUAUGAUGCUAGAUAG